UGCGGGCGCCGGGCCCCCCCGGGCGGCGUCCUCGGCCGGAGCGCGCGGCGCGGGGGCGGGGAGAGGGUGCGCGGCCCGGAGGCGGGGUGCGCCGGUGGGGUGCAGCGGAAGAGGGGUCCGGGGGGGAGAACUUCGUAGCAGUCAUCCCUUUUUAGGAAAAGAGGGGGAAAAAAAAUAAAGCCCUCCCCCGCCAGCGCCGCCUCCCACCCUCGCUGCACCACACACAGCGCGGGCUCCUCGCGCUCGGCACCGCGGGGCCGGCGCGGCCAGCCUGCGUCUAUCGGCAGCUCUUCGGAAAAUGCAUUGGCCGUUCGGAGUUUGAUCCGGAGAGGAUCCCCGCCCGCGUCCGCGGCUCGCCCGCCGACUCCGGCCCGGUGUUCUCUCCCCGGGGAGGCGUGAGGCGGCCCCGCGGACACAGAUCCAUGUGUGUGCCCGCGCGUGUGUGCGCGCGUGAAAAUUGCCGAGAAGGGGAAAAUCACAGGACUUCUGCAAAUACCGACUGAGAAAUGGUAAUUCAUCCGCCGCCGCCGCUGCCUUCCGUUUGCUCGUGCUCUUGAGAUCUCCGGUUGGGAUUCCUACAGAUUGACAUUUCUGUGAAGAAGUCUAGGAAUCAAACUGGAAAUUCUCCUAAUUUUUUGCACCCCCCUCCCCCAACUCCUGAUUCAUUUGGAAGUUUUCAGAGCAGCUCUAACUGGAGAGUUCUGAAGAUUGAGGGAAUCUUUUUGCCUUUUCAUUUGUUUUCACAAAAAAGGAAACUUCACAGAGGAUCAUGCUGUCCUUAAAAAAUACAAGUAAGUUCUUUGCACAGGAAAUUGGUUUAAUGUAACUGUCAAUGGGAACCUUUGCGAUUUUCACUUUAAGUGCAUUGGAGUAAGUUUAAUUUCCAGGCAGUUUAAUAUAUUCUUCUCAGCGUGUAACUUGUAGUGUGUGUGCCCUGCUUUCAACCUGCGUAUAGAGGGAAACGCACCUGAUUUUGACUGAUUCGUUUUUUAACCUUUCAGCAUCACGGAGGAGGUAGACUGAUAUUAACAGUAAUUAAUAAUGUGCCUCAUGAACUAAAAAUCCAAAAGGAAUUUAAAUAAAAAUUUCCUGCAUCUCAUGCCAAGAGGGAAACACCAGAAUCAAGUGUUCCGCGUGAUUGAAGACACCCCCUCAUCCAGGAAUGCAAAGCACAUCCAAUGAAAUAGCUGGAUUAUAACUCUUCACCCCUCUUGCGGGGCCGUGGGGCGGGCAGCGGGGGGCGAGAGGUGCUGUGGGGACCCGGCUGCCCUUUCGCGGCGGAAGGAUGGCGCACGCGGGGGGAACAGGCUACGAUAACCGAGAGAUCGUGAUGAAGUACAUCCACUAUAAGCUGUCGCAGCGGGGCUACGAGUGGGAUGCCGGAGACGCGGGCGCCGCGCCCCCCGGGGCCGCUCCCGCGCCGGGCAUCCUGUCCUCCCAGCCGGGCCGCACACCCGCGCCCUCCAGGACCUCCCCGCCGCCGCCCCCGGCCGCCGCCGCCGGGCCUGCGCCCAGCCCGGUGCCACCUGUGGUCCACCUGACCCUGCGCCAGGCCGGCGAUGACUUCUCUCGGCGCUACCGCCGCGACUUCGCCGAGAUGUCCAGCCAGCUGCACCUGACGCCCUUCACCGCGAGGGGACGCUUCGCCACGGUGGUGGAGGAGCUCUUCAGGGACGGGGUGAACUGGGGGCGCAUCGUGGCCUUCUUUGAGUUCGGAGGGGUCAUGUGUGUGGAGAGCGUCAACCGGGAGAUGUCGCCCCUGGUGGACAGCAUCGCCCUGUGGAUGACCGAGUACCUGAACCGGCACCUGCACACCUGGAUCCAGGACAACGGAGGCUGGGACGCCUUUGUGGAGCUGUAUGGCCCCAGCAUGCGGCCCCUGUUUGAUUUCUCCUGGCUGUCUCUGAAGGCACUGCUCAGUCUGGCCCUGGUGGGCGCUUGCAUCAGCCUGGGUGCGUAUCUGGGCCAUAAGUGAAGUCCACAGGCCUGCCGCAAACAAAUAUGCAAAAGGUUCAAGAAAGCAGUAGAAAUAAUAUGCAUUAUCACUGAUGCACCACUGAAGUGAAGCUGUAGUCUCUUAAAAAGAAAAAAAAACAACCAACCAAUCAACCAACACCACCACCACAAACAGCUUUCAGGCUCAACGUUGAAUCAGCUACUUACUGCCAAAGGGAAAUACAAUUUAUUUUUUACAUUAUUAAGAAAAAUAAGAUUUAUUUAUUUAACACAGUCCCGUUGAAUCUCCUGUCUUUGGAAACCCCACCACGAAUUACCAAGCCCCACCUGGAUGGCUCUACCUGGCUCUCUCGUGCCUGUACACACAGAUUUUUGUUCCAUACUGUUGGCUGGACUGAGUCAGCCAGCUGAAAAGCAAACAAAGUGACAAAGGACCCGACUGUUCCAGAAGCCGGGUUUCUGGCUGUUGGAGGUUCGGCAGAAGGUGUUCAUUUGCCUUUUUUUUGGGGGGGGGGGUGCCUGGAGGUUGUGUUCUUAGACGGAAGGCGCUCGGAGGGGAGGCCGUUCUUCCCUGGCCUGAAGAAGGGGCGCUGCGCCUUUGGUACACACCAGGUUGGAAGAAGGAAAAAUCGGGGAAUGCAAAGCCUCCAGUAUUUCUACUGCUUUUGCUCUUUUAUUUUUCCCGUUAGCACUUGCAACUCUCUAAUACACGCCACGAUACUAGUAAGUUUUGUUGACUGUCUGUCCGUCUUCACUGGACCAAAAACGUUUGAGCUUUUGGUCUGUUUGGACUUCGUAUUUGCCAAGACCUCCACCUCAAAGGACCGUGACGGGAAGAAUGCCCAUAAACCAUAGGAAAGUAUUUUUUUAAGCUACCGAUUGUGCCGAGAAGCAACUUACACAAUAUCAUCCAGUACCUUAAGGCCUGACGUGCUUCUUCACCUAUUUUGGAUUCGCUGCCCCUGCAGAUACUGGCGUGGCUGUCGGCGUAGGAAGCGGAUCCUCCGGGACGCGAGGACGCGGGCGCGCGCGUGACGCCGCCGGCACCAGCGCCCCGCGCGCCGGCUUCCCGCCGGGGGCCGCGGCCCGCAGCCGCGCCUUGCCGCGAGCCGCGUGUCGCGGGCGGCCGGGAGAGGAGGCGGGAGGCCUGCGCCCCGGGUAGGCCCGCCUGCAGCGCGGAGCGGGGCUGAGGCUCGAGGGCGCGCGUCUCCGGAGGAAACCGCAGCGGCGGCGAGCGACGCGGGCCGCCCGGGGAAACGCGCGGCCUGCCCGCGCUGGGCCGCGGCCGCCAGCCUCGGCGCUGCGGCGCCGUCUCUGUGGAGGAAGCCGGGCGGGAGGCAGGAGUCGUCCCUGGGCCGCGGGAAACGGAGCAGGUGCGCAGGCACGGGAGCCGCCCGGGGAACGCGCGGCCUGUUGUGCGGUGGGCCGCCAGCCUGCGCGCGCCGCUUAAAGGGAGGUUUUUGAAAGACUCUGGGGAGAGUUACAAAUCCUAAAGGAAGCGUUGAAAUGGAUUAACUGACCUACGUCGGUGGAAUUAGGAUGUAAAGCGUUAUCUUGUCAUUGCAGUUUGGUUUUAUUUGAAAAACCUGACGGAAAGGGAUGGGGGGCGCGGCGGGCAGGGAGGCCCCCGGUGUGGAAGGCGGGGAUUCCCUCUAUGUCCUGGGGCGUUAGAAAAGAAGAGAAAACUCAGUGCUGGAAGACGCUCGAGGAGCAGCAAAAGAAGAAACAUCUCCAGCUCAUAAACGACAAAAUAUUUUUUUUCAAGUUUAGAGUCAGCCUUGAGAUGUAUGUGGAAUAACGGUGGCAUUAUUGCAUUAUAACAUUUAUCCGUAUACCCUUUAUCUGUAUUAACUUUGGAAUGCACUUGUGUUCAGUGUUUAAUGCUGUGGUUAAUAUUUCGAAAGCUGCUUUAAAAGAAAAGAUACAUGCAUCUCAGCAUCUUUUUUUUUUUAAUGUAUUUAGUUAUGGCCUCUACACUAACUGUUAGCAAAAUGAUCAUUUUCCCUUUUGAGAUUUUUGGCUCUUAAUUCUUUAAAAGCAUUUCUGAGGAGGUGAGACAAGCCCUGGUUCUCAGCUACCUGAGAAAUCCUGGAGCUUGCUGGCCACUCAACCACUUUGUAUCAAUCUACAUCCACUUCCAUGUCAACAAAAUUGUUUAUUGUGAGGGACAGUAUCUGUUGUCCCUCCGACCCUUUUCCUUUAGGUUCACCUGUCUUGGCCAAAUCAGAAUUUAACUUACAUCAUUUAAGAGUGCAUACAUAUUUGGUUAAACCCAUGAGGUUCAUUCACUUGGAAAUCCAGAUGGAAAAUGACCAGGGGAUUAAAUUCUGGCUCUGAUGGUUUGACGCUUAAAGAUGGUUUCUGGGGCCUGUUUCCAUGGAAACCUAUUUAGAGUCCUCCAACUCUCCUUCCAUGGUCCUUCUCCGCGGCCAUCCUCAAGUUCUUCCUGAAAUGCAGUGGCACUUAGGCCCCACGCAGAGAAAGCUGGAAACCCAUGGUAUGAAGCCAGACCUCCCUGGCGGGCCUCAGGGAACAAGACGAUCAGACCUUUGAAUGAUUCUAAUUUUUAAGCAAAAUGUUAUCUUAUGGAAGGUUUACACUGUCAAAAGUGAUGAAAUGGAAUAUCAAAUUCUGUGCUGCUAUCCUGCCAAGAUCAUUGUAAUGGAGUUGGUUUGCAGUACACUCCAAGUGGUGAGCUCCUCCAAGCUGCUUUAGAAGUAACCAUGAAGAGCACGGACAUUUUUAAUAUAAAACUUGUUUGUCUUUGGUUAUUGUUGUUGUUGUUAUUGUUCAAAUUGAGAUUUCCAGAGUAUUCUAAAAAUGUAUAUAUAAAAAAGGUCAUAGAGGCUAAUUUCAGGCUGGUUUCCUUUUGCUGUGGGAUUCCAUUAUCUGGUUUUAAUGAUAAGUGUUGCUGGUUGCCUGACCCCAGAACUGUACAGUAUUGUGGCUGCACUCUCUCAAAGAGAUCAGACCUUUGAAUGAUUCUAAUUUUUAAGCAAAAUGUUAUCGCUAAGAGUAGUUGAAGUUGCAUUUUUCUUGUUGUUAAAACUGUUAGAAGCAAUGAAUGUAUAUAAAAGCCUGGGCUAGUCAUUUUUUUUCCUCCUCCCUUUUUGCAUUUUCUCAAUUAUCUUGCAUUUGGACAGCAUAGACUGAAUUCCUACCUAUUUGGUGGGGAGGAGGGAUUCACACCAGAAUUGCCCUCAGCAUGGUACACAGGCCACCCAGGUCAGGGUUCAACAGAACACAUGCACUCCCGAAAUGGAGUUCAACGGUUCUAAAAAAAAAAAAAAAACCACAAGGAACAAAGCACCCAAGAACCUCCUGGGUCCUCCCAAGCCCUCGCUGCACAGACAGCCCGAAAGAGGGAUCAAAAUGACAAAUCGCAUCUUCUGCAGCAAACAGCUCAUCUCAGAUUUUACAGUGGCUGAAAAGUCUUAUGGGCUUGAGAUUUGGAUUAAAGUCACAUUCUGAAAGAAGGAAGCACUUUGCUAUGGUUCAAGCCAAAACCCAACAUCCUCUGCCCCAGCCCACUUAUCUCUGCCUACUCAGAUAUGACCUUCCAUUUAGAUGUGACUUCUGUUUCAUUAGUACAUGUUUAUGCUUAUCAUUUAAAGACCUAGUCCUAGCCCAAUGUGGGAAAUUAGGAAGUGACUGUAAAUCAAGAGAAGUUCUAAUAAGUAGGGUUAACCUUAAGUAUGUAGGGCAGUCCCAAUACAUGUCUGGCUUUUUCACAUCAAGGAUCUGAAUUGCAAGGGAUGAAUUGCAAAUUGUAUUGGAAUUAAACUUAUGCUAAAGCGACAAAUUUAUACAUGUGAACCUAAAUUCUAAUUUCAAUUAUACUUUAAAGGCAGCGGCUGUUUUUAUACUUCCUUAUCACUUAUAGUCAGUAAUGUACACCUCUUCUAUCAGAAAAAAAACAGGAAGGGCUUGAAAUAUAAACCAUUCUAAGGAAAUUAGGGAGUCAGUUGAAAUUCUAUUCUGAUCUUACUCUGUGGUGUCUUUUGCAGCCCAGACAACUGUGGCUACACACUUCUUAAGAAACACAGUUGUGCAUUGUCCGGCUCACGAGCCUUCCAGGCAGAUCUGUGCAUUGUCAGGCUUACGAGCCUUCCAGUCAGACCUUUAUUGUUACUCAAUUUGAAUCUUCCCAGGGAUUUUUUUUUUUUUUUUAAUUAUUAUGAGACAAAGGACAUUUGUUGCAGGGGUGGGAGGAAGAAUUUUCAAAUGAGCAAAACAUUCUCAAGAUUGGAUCAGGGUGUGGAGUCUUUCAGAACAGCCAGGACUGUAGGAUAUGAAAUAGAACCAAGUGAGAACUUCACAAGGAUCAGUGUGAUGCCUCCGGGAAAGACUUUAUGCAACACACAAGAAACACUUUUAAGUUCUGUGGUAUAUUUAGCUUCUAGAGACAGCAGAACAACUCAGAGUCCAGCUCUGUAUGACAAUGCAGAUGAACCAAAAUUCUAAACAUCUGCCAUCAAUGGUAUUAAUUUCAAGCCUGGAUAUGUCUAAUGGCUAUUUAAACAGUAAAUUUGCAAUUUUUAACCAAUGGGAUGGUUAAUGAAAACCUUCUGGUUGGUAGGGACAUGUAUUUCUAAAUGCUUUAUUGUGCACAAUACAGGGGGUAGGGGUGGGGAAGUGAGACUGAAUUGGGUAAGUAAUAAUAAUACAAGUCCCUUAUCCUUACCCAAAGAAUCAUUCAGCUCCAUGUCUGUGCUCGUAAGACUAGCAUUAGACAGCCAUGACAUACACAUCUCCCGGGGCAGAAAGUAAACCACAUGGAGUAUGAAUGGUAUUGCCCCAAUUCAUCAUAACUAUCCCAGGAAAGUAACUGAAAGCCACUGCAUAUCCUAUUGAUGACAAGGUUGUUUUGGGUCCCAAGGUAAGCUCAGCAGAGAAAAACACUUGUGGAAGAUGGAAAAGCUUAAUCAAAAGAUCCAGGCCUGUUACUAAAUAUGACUAUAGUGUAUUAGUAACUCUGUAUUCCUAAACCUUUUAGGGAAUCUGCAGUAGGCCUUCCAGCCAGCUCACUUCAUUGUUUUUGCCUCUGGGGUAGUGUUUGAAGGUGUGAUACCUGAUCACAUUUCUUUGGAGGAACCCUGUUUUUAUUAUACUAUCUUCUUAAGUUUUCAACCAAGUUUUGCUUUUGUUUUGAAUUAUUGAGAUCAUUUUCAAUAAAAUAAAUGUGUAAAAAGUG